AAUUUAAUCAACUAUUCCAUAAUAUGUGCAAAUUGAAUAAAUGCAUGUAUAUUCAUCUCAUUAAAUUGUAAUCAAAAUUAUUGGAUUUAUUGGCAAGAAUCAUGGAGUGCGAACUUUUUAUAUAACUGUAUAACCUAAAAAUUAUUCAUAAUCGUUCAUACUGUUUUAGAAAUUCAUCUGGUUCUUACUGAAAUCUAAAAAUGAAAAAUGAAUUUAAAGUAGAACCAGCACAUGAUCAUCCAGAUUUGUUAGAGCAAUGUUGUGAACUAAUCAAUGCUGAAUGGCCGAGAAGCCUCGGUGCAAGGAUGAGAAGUUUGAUGAUGUCUUCAGAAAAAUUACCAACUAGUUUGAUUCUGUUAGGAGACAAAACUAGUGUUAUUGGCCAUGCCAAACUAACACCGAUACCAAGCAUGCCACAAGCUUGUUUUGUGGAAUCAGUUGUCAUUGCGAAGAAUCUCAGGGGAAAAGGCUUAGGAACAGCACUAAUGUAUCAAGUAGAAAAAUACUGUAAAAGCAAAUUGAACCUCAAACAAGUAAUACUAUCUACCCAAGGACAAGAACAGUUUUACAGUAAGUUAGGAUAUCAAGAAUGCCCACCGAUAUCAUUAUAUGGAAGUGGUACCUUUGCAAUACCUAAUUUUAUUAGACCUCUAAAAAAAACUUAUAUGAAAAAGGACAUAUAAUAUUUAUUGAUAUAUAUUUA